AUGUCGCACACCACCGUCAAAGCCGCUAACUGGAGAUUGGUCGAAGUUGGCCGCAUCGUCCUCGUCAACAACACCGAGCUUGCCACCAUCGUCGAAAUCAUCGACCAAAAGCGCGUCCUCAUCGACGGCCCCAAGAUCGCCCGCCAGGCGAUCUCGCUCGCCCGGGUCACCUUGACCCCCUUGGUGAUCAAGGUCCCCAAGGGCGCCAGAACCGGCACCGUGCACAAGAGAUGGGCCGCCUCGGGCGUCGACGCCAAGUGGGCCGCCACCUCGUGGGCCAAGAAGUUGGCCUCGAGACAACGCCGCGCUGAGUUGCUGGACUUUGAAAGAUUCCAAGUCAUGGUGUUGAAGAAGCAACGCAGAUACAACGUGAAGAAGGCUCUUGCUAAGGCCUAA